GAUGCAUUCAAUAUAUCACAUUCUGCAAAGGGAGAGGAUGAGUACUUAGAGGUCUCUGACAGAGCUUCUGAAGUAAGUUCAUCUUUAACCAGAUUUUCACCUCUAAGUCCCCAGAAAGAUGCUUUAUAUUCUAAUAUCUCUGUUCAACAGUAUACUGAGGUGGACUGCCAGAAACGUGAUUCUCAAAGUUUGUCAGAAACAUCAUCUGAAGCUAGCACACCAGUUAAAAAGGACACUACUGAAGGUUUUUACUCACAAAUGAUUAGUGGCUAUGCAGCAGAGGCAGAUCCAGUUGUAAGGAAUUUAUGGGAUGUAUCACCUCUUGUUCCUGCUGAUGCUAUCAGGUCUUCAGAUGAAAAAGAUGUCACUGACGAUCUUGAAUCUUCAUGUUCCUAUGACAUGGAUGACUGCACAUUACCAUGCAGAGUUGAAUGUAAAAAGACCUCUUGCACAUCUGAUACAGUAAAAGAAACCAUCACUGUACAUGAGGAUAUUACACAGGGAGAAAGUGCAGGAGCAGCAUAUUCACCAUCUAAGGAUCUUACAUCAUUUUUACCCCAUCAACAGGAAGAAUCAACAGCAAAUGGCCCGACUGAGAUUAACAAUGUGCCAGAAUUAUUCCAACACUCACAAUAUGUUGACAAACAGAUGUACUCUUCUGAUUUAAGAGAUGAAAAGUUAUCUCCAGAUUCAGAUACAGAAUCUUCACCAUACUUUGAGGAAGAUACAGAAAAACCUGACAGACCUUCUACACUCAUGUCUCCAGAACACACAUUUCAUCCUUAUUUUUCUGAUGCACGGAGAGCUAGAGGAUCUGAAGAUCAUGGAGAUGCUUCCCAUGAAGUUGAAACAUGUAUGGGUACAUCAACUGAGUAUGAACACAAAUUAUCUUCAUCAGAAUAUAUGCAUAGGAAGGGGGAACUUUCUCCAUCUUUCAUCAAUCCUAGCCCUCUUGACCUUUCGGAUGACAGUGAUGUUUCACAAGAUCAGGGUCACCCUUCAGUUAAGGGAAGGACCCAUCAUGUAAAGAAACGUUUAGUUGAGGGUGGUACAGCUGAUGAAACACCUCCAACAUCUGUCAGUGAUUCAGGAUCAUCUCAGUCAGACUCAGAUGUUCCACCUGAAACAGAAGAAUGUCCAUCUAUAACAGCUGAUGCUGCAAUGGACUCUGAUGAAGACGCAGACUUUCUACCUGUAGAUAAAGCAAUGGGAAACUCUCAUCACAGUAAUCCAAGACAAGGCCAUGAUCCACAUCCAGCACCAAUGAUGGAUCCCUGCCCUCAUCCUCCUCAUCCAGAUGUCUGCAUGGUAGAUCCUGAAAUGCUAGUUAAUGAGUUAAAUCCUGUAAAAGGAGACAAGGUACUUAAAAAGGAUCUAAAAGACAAAACUAAGGGUGUGAGGAAACCUUUAAGUAAACCAAAAUCAACCUCUCCAGCUAGGAAACUAGAGCCUAAGGGAAAACGUUCUCCAACACUAUCGAAACAGACAUCACGGGAGACUACAGACAAAUCUCUAAAAAAUGCAACGGUGAAGAAGGAAACAACAGAAAAAUCUCUGAAGACAAGAAGUACAUUGCAAAUGCAUUCUUCAAGAGAAGAGAAAGAAGAUAUAUCUAAAAGCAGUAAUUUAGGCAAACUGGUAAACGGUGUCAGAUCAACAGGAACAAGCAGCUCUAAAACCAGCUCUACUAUUCCUCCUGGUCCACCAGUGUAUGUGGAUUUGGCAUACAUCCCUAAUCACUGCAAUGGCAAAAAUACUGAUCUGGAGUUCUUUAAGAGAGUUCGAGCGGCGUAUUAUGUUGUGAGCGGAAAUGAUGCAGCGAACGGGGAACCUAGCCGAGCUGUACUGGACGCACUCUUGGAAGGGAAGUCCCAGUGGGGAGAAAACUUGCAAGUGACGUUAAUCCCAACGCAUGACACAGAGGUGACCCGUGAAUGGUACCAACAGACCCAUGAGAAACAGCAAGAACUGAAUAUAAUGGUCUUAGCUAGCAGCAGUACUGUAGUGAUGCAAGACGAAUCCUUCCCAGCAUGCAAAAUCGAGUUUUAAGCAGCAUGGCAGUCACUAACAUGUCCAUGCGUACUUUGUGUUUCGGUACUGUAUGUGUCCAGUCUCAGCCCAGUUCUCUUCUAAAUUUGGUUUGCACUUGUAAUGUCAGCCUUGCCAAACCUUGCCAGAGUUAUACUGGCCAGUUGUUGGGGAAGGUGAAUUAAGCAGAACCUGAAUUGUUACAUGAAUUGCAGGAUACAUGAAACCUUUAGAUUUUAUUUAGGGACACUUUAGGACAAUUUGACACUUUUACAACGAAUCAUUACUUGUUCUGUAUGAUUCCCAUACAAUGCACACUACUAGCACCAUGACGAGAAUACAUAGAAGAAUGGAGUGUUACAGGCUGUGAAUGUUCAAGAGGACUGGGUUAGGGCUAGACAUUUACCAGCAGUAAGAUGCCCCCUCGAAUUAAUCAUAAAGUAAUGUUUUAGAGUGUUUAAGACUAGACCAACGUGCAGUUUGUGGGCCCUGUAAAUAGAUAGCUUCUAUAUGUUACAUUAAUCUGCACAUUGAAAAUUGUAGAACACAACACAAUGCUAAGGUACGAGCAGCUUAAUGGCAAAUGUGAAAUACUAACACAACGCAUUUCAUGUUCUGCAAGAAACCAAAGUAUUUAAGGCUACAAGAAAUAAACGCUAGCGCGUCUGCACAGGAGGCACCAUUUAUGUGGAGCUUUGAUUUCAUUUUAGAAUCACUACUGCAGGACCAAAGUUGGAAGUGGGAAUUUAGGAAAACAUGGCACCUGUCUUCCAGAAACAGCACCACCAUUGUCCAUAGGUUAUGUCUAUUGCAGCCUUAUUUACUCUGAAUAGAACUGAGCCGCAAUAUCAAACUCAGUCCAACAACAGGAGUGACACCAUUUCUGGAAAAAGCAGACAUGUUUUUAUAAUCUCUUACAGCCCCCUUGUAAGAUGUAGACAGCAUUAUCCUAAUAUUGCAUUUACACAGAGAUCUUAUCUGCAUUGCUUGGAAUACAUCAAUCCAUAUAUCUCUUACAACCACCAUUAUUGCUACUAUUGUAGCAUAUAAACAGUGAUGGCAGUGGGGACCCCAAUAUAAGGAAUACCAGAUUUUAGUUUGCUAUGAUAGAAAUGAUUUGCCUGUGGCAGCUUUUUGUAGAUUCAUUUUGGGAAUUGAUCUGACUGGGGCCAAUGGCAUCCUAUAACCCAAGAUCAAUUUCAUCUAACAAUGGCUCCAUCUCUGUGCUCCCAAUCCUGCACUAGUUGAGCAAUCAGAGCAGUGAAGCAAAGCCUCUGCAGAAUAGGGUGGUCGGAUGGUUGGCAUGAACAGACCUAGUAACAUCGUUUUCUUUACUCUGCAAAUUAUAUGCCAAAAUGUUCCCAACACAGAUUUGAUGGUGUUUGAGUGGUUGUAAAAUAUGAAAACCAACAUUUUUUUAUUUCUCUUAUGUCAAACUCUGUAUUAUUUAACACCUGAGUAACAGAUAUUACUAUCUUUCUAUUUAUCUAUCUACAUACCUACCUAUUUCUAUAUUAUAUAAAUACUCUAGAAUUGAAAAUACUGUAGGUUUGAUACUUUGGAACAAUUGGACUGAGAAUUCUCCCAGUAUAUACACCAAUUGUUAUUUUUGCACAGUUUUUAUGACAAGCUUCCAGAAUGUAAAGGAUUAAGCUGUUUACUGGUAGCCUCACUAGGUGGUUGCUUGCCAACCCAAUCUUCUAACAUAAAAGCCUCUAUCUCCUUUUCAUUGUACAUAGCUGAAUGUUAGCCUUUUGCCAUUGAAUGUUCUCUGUUUGGCAAUUGGAACAAAUUCCUGGCAAUGUCAAUAUGGCAGCCCAGCAUUCGAUCAAUUAAAUUGCCAACGAGCACCAUUCAGGUCAGUGUGCGUCUCCCCUGCUCAUGUAAGCUGUAUGGACUAUAGAUUCAUAGAAACACGAUCAGAUCUCAUAUCUAGCCAACUGUGGAAGCUGCUACACGAACGUCACAAGACUUGUAUUUGUCUUUUGUUUACAGGUUAGUUUUUGUUCGCUGCUGUAGGGAGCAAUUUGCCUUACAAGAAAACACUUUCAGAUUGCUGAAUAGAACCAUUACAUAUCAAUGGUGAAUUUUUCUGUCUAAUUUAUAUAUUUAUUUUUUAUGAUCGCCGCUUAGCUAGUGCUAUUAAUUUAUGGGUGUAACCUUAAAGAUUAUGUUUGUAUUUUAUUCUGCAGAUAUUUAGUUGCGAUUUACGUACAAUGUGUUGAUUCAACCAGUGGUGUCCAAGGAGAGCUAGUGGCUUGAUGUUAGGCAUACUGCGCUGUAGACUGGUAGAAGCUUUAUUCAUAGGGAAAUGUUGUAGAAAUAACAUAGUUGUUACAUAAUUGCUUUCUGAACAAAAUGAUGUAGGAAUAGAAAAAGAUAAAUGAUUUAUUCCAGAUUUUGCACUAGUGUCCACAGUUAGAUUAAAACCCUUGCAGUUUUGCACAUAUAAAAUAGCGUUCUAUGAUGAUUACCCUGGAGUUUAAAUGUAUUAACCUCAAUUUCACCGUGACACCCAGGCCAUCUUGUAGAAAAAGCAAAAUGUUAUUUUCUAGAAUAAAAGAUUUCACUCUUGAAUAUUCUUAAAAGCAAAUAUGAAUAUAAGGGUGGGUGUUCAAGUAUAAAAUCUAGUGCACCCAAAUAUACUUAGUGAUGUUGCUUAUGCCAGCCAUAAAUAGAAGCAGGCCCACUGAUUGUCUGAAAGCCACUGGUCGGGCGUCUCCAACCCCUGGCAAUGUUAUAUUACAUGGCAGCCUUUCAAAUGGGCUGAACCCAUAGAUUGCGGUAACCAUGGAGGACUCCCCUGUAUGAAGUCUAAAUGCCCCAAUAAGGCUUAUGACUGUAUGGUUUCAUCAAGGUUAUAAAUGAAGAUCAGGCCUCUGUUUUUUAUGGACAACACCACUUCUCUACUGCACCCUGUUGGGUCUGUUUCUUUUAUAUUACACUCGUGUGCUUUUAUCGCUAACAAGUAUUUGGUGUUGAGUGGUUGUGGUGUCACAAUAAAGGUUGGUUAUUAUACUAGUCAUGUGCUUCAGUUACACAGCGCAAUGACCGUAAUGGGAAUGUUGUGUGAUGGAAUGGACGUUAGUUAUCAGCUGCCAUUAGCCUAUGUGAUGGGUAAUCUGUAUAUGUGUCUAGACCCAAAAAGCCAAAAGUCCAGCAUGUUUUUCAGACCCAAAGCAAUGUUGUCAGGAAUGAGAUGAUUUAGAACAUACUUAGAAUGUAUGGAGGAUUUGUUUGCUAUGCUGAAGAGCUGUCUACUUCUGGAAUCUGUUUGUAUGUGAACGUCCAUUCCUUAUUUUACAAUCCUUCUUUUAUCUGGCCCUGUCUGUAUUUGUGUUGUAUCUGCACAUCUUUUGCUACACUGCAUCAUUGCACAGGACUGGCAUGCAUUAUUUAUUUGGAUGAAGCAGCAUUAUAAAGGAUGCAUGCACUAUUGUAUUCCCAUGCCUGUUCAAAUAAACCUGUGUAUAUGUUCCAUUCUUUUUUUUUUUUUUGUAUGUUUGUAUGUGGAUGUUUAACCUUACAAGCCCCAUCUACUUGCUGCAAUGCUUGUGGCUCUAAGCCAGCUACAUAGGUGCCUGGAUGCCUAGCGCACUCAUUUGAUGACCCAAAAGGAACACGCUAAAGCACAGCCAUUUCCUUCGCUCACAUGCAUACGAGUGUCUAGGCAGAAUAGAAAUGCACUAAAAAUAUGAGAUAUGAAUGUUACAAUUACCCUUUAUAACUUGAACUCUACCAUGAAAAUACAAAAAACAGGAUGACUGUGUUCACUUAGAAACCUGCCUUGCACAUGACAAUACUGAAUGAAAAACUUAACACACACAAAAUUAUGUUUUAAGGAAGAAUGUAACCAUAAUUAUCUUAGAUCUUUUCAUCCUCAUGUGUGCGCGUCAAACUGUUGACUUUUUGGUUUCCCUUUAAGAAGCUUUUCAACAUAGUAAAAUGACAACAGUUUACCAAACCUAGCUCCUCUUUGCUGCUUUUUUAUGCAUUUUGGUAGUUUUGUAGCAUAAAAGCAGAAUGCCAAGCCUAGGCCCUCCAGGUCUACACAAAAGGAAGACACCCAAGACAUCCAAGGACAAGUCAACGCUCAAUGCCGCUGCCGUCCACUACAUCAGAGACAAUGAUGGCUAUCAGAGAGCAGAUCCUGUAACCUUGAUGGGCUGUAUUCACCAACAUGUAUCACAACGAAUACAGAUUACCUGUAAAUCCAUUACUAUUAUUAGAACAUAACAUAUAGGUGAUAUAUAAAAAUAGAAACACGUAAAAUCAGCUGUUGCUUGUUUCUGCAUGUGGACUACAGGGAGUUCUACUCCUGUAUGUAAUAGAUAAAACUAAAAAUAACUAUUUUACAACUAUAUAAAAAGUGAACAUGUCUUAAUUGUAUUGAAAAUUGCAACCUGUAUUCCUAAUAGCUUCUUUCUACGUUGUAUGGUGUAUAAAUAAACCCUUGACUUUUCAUUCUUUCCCCUUUAUGUUCUAUAGCGUUACUUAUAAACUUGUUUCCCAGAAAGGUUUUGUUCUGUUCAUUAAUUUCCCCUAUCUGUGUGCAAUAUUCUGUCCUUCUGAACUUCUGUACAUGGAAACGCCUGAAACUCUAACAAUAAAAUUACAUCAGUAAACCAUA